AAACAAUUUUAUUUUUUGUUCAAUUUGUCUAAAAUUUUUCAAUUCUGCCUUAGUUAUAUGGUAAUAAAAUUCGAAUAAGCACUCAGAUAUCAAAAUUGGGCUUACUUGGACAACUAAAGCCAGCAUCAGUUUGUUUUUAAUGGAAAAUCAUCAAAAUUAUUGUUGAGAAUGGAAACAAUAUAUUACGGCCAACAAAGAAAUCGUUGCUGCGUGCCCCCAAUUCUGUACUAUGAUGAAUUAAGUCCCCAGGCUCGCAGUUGUUGCAUGCUUAUACGGCUAUUGAAUAUCGAUGUAGAUUUGCGUUUUUCCCCGGGCGGGGAACUUUGUGAAAAUCGUAGUCAGAUAAAUCCUGGUGGCAUCGAUCCCAUUUUGAUUGAUGGCAAAAUUACUCUAAGCGAUGGUCACACAAUAAUGAUGUAUUUGUGUGAUAAAUAUGCCUCAGAAUGUUUACCCCACUUGUGGCCCAGUGAUUAUUUCCUACGCUUGGAGCUGCUUAAUAUGAUGUUCUAUGAGGCCGGCGUCUUAAAUCAGCUACACAGACAAAUAAUGUCGGACAUACUUGUGGACAAAUAUCCCAAUGUAGAUAUGCGGAAAUAUCAUCGUAAGGUGGAGGAGUGCUACAAUAUUUUGGAUGCGUAUUUAGAGGGCCAUAUAUUUUUGGUGGGAAAUUGCUUAACCAUUGCAGAUUUUUCAACCAUCACCACUUUGGGAUCGUUAGAUAUGAUAUUUCCAAUCGACAGUGAACAUAGACCAAAUUUAACUCGUUGGUACGAAAAUUUAAAGAAUAUGGAUUGCUAUAAAUGCAAUUUGGAGGGUAUUGAAAGGCAAUAUGAUCUUUUGGAAACAAUUGGCGAAUUUCCAUUUGCCCCAGAUAUAGCAUUAUUACCGUCAUGCAGCGGAAGAAAUACAACUAUUCGGCACUCAAAACAACUUUUAAAUGAUGUUCUAUUCCCAACACCCGAAGAACGGCAACGCAUGGAAAAAUCAAUUCAGGCCCAGCGUAAAAGCGAAGAGGAAGCAAAACAAAUUGGUGUCGAUAGGGAAACAUCAAGAAGACGUGGUCUUUCUAAAACAGCCGCGUCCAAUGUUAAAAGAAAUAGCAUACAAAAAUGUAUCUUAAGUCCUGAGAUUGCAAGUUAUAGUCAAUCAAAAAAAUCUGCUUCUUUAGCUUGUGGAAAUUCAAAUGACUAUGAUAAAGAUUCUAAGUCUAAAAUUAACAAACCUCGUAACCAACAACGAACUAACGAUGUCUCUCACCCAACAUCCACGGAAUGGCAAGCCGCAGAUAGAUUUAUCCAUGCACAAAUAGAUGACGAAGAAACAUUAAAGGCAAGGGAAAUGAGCAAGGAAUUUUCAAAAAGAUCUAAUAUUGCUAGAACAUUAACUAAUAGAAUAUCAGUUCAGCAGGCAGUUAACACAAAAUCAAAGUUAGUGGCAAACAAAGACCUUUCUCCAACAGGAGACGAAUGUCAAAAAAUUCCUCAAUGUGAAAGGAAUAAGGAAACACAACAAAGUAAACAAUUUAGUAAACAUUUAGCCUAUGAUCAUAUAAAGAGAGUAUCCAAAGAUGAUCCGAAUUCAGAACGUUGUAAUAAAGGUCGAGAAAAUAGGGUUAGAGCCCUAAAUAAUAUCCCCUACAAUCUAAAAUCGGAAAUAAAUAACCUAUGUUCACAAGAAGUAAGAAAUAAUAUUCCAUUUUGUCAGAGAGAUGAGAGGGAAACGCUCGCCCAACCCAAUUCUUGCCGAUGCUCAAACAAAUUUAAUGAAGUUGCUAGAAAUUCUAAAUCAGCGCUUACAAAUCUUUUUGUUAAUCUCAAUGGUGAAAACGAAGAUGUCUACGAAAAAUCAAAUAAUCAGGCAAGACAAAUAACUUCAGAAAAUUCGUCCAUGUUAAGGACACCCUACCCAAAAAGAAACAUAUGUAACUGUAGGAACAAUGGAAACCAUAAAUCUAAGGAUGAGGUUAGACAAUUAAAUACAAAUAAUUGGAACAACUGUAUAGAAACCAAAAAAUUCUGUUAUGAUCAAAAUGAUACAACAAAAACUUAUCCAAAGCAUUCAUCUGAUCAAUCUAAAAGAGAAAAGAUUAAAUGUAUAGAAUUCGAGUGUGUAAACGAUAAGAAAAUCUAUCGUUGUUGUGCUAGACGAUUUUCGAAUACCGAUCCUUGUCCAAACAUCCAAUGUACAUGUUGUCCAAUUUCAAAAGAAAGUUGUUUAGAAAACUCCAAAGAAGUUGAAAACGAUGAAAAUAAACUCAGUUCAAAUCCAUUUUCCUCUAGUCAAGACACAAAUUGCAUGGUUGAAAAAGAAUUGGCAAACGAAUGCCAUGGUUUUGGCUCUAAAGAACAACUAGGUACUAUAGAAUCCUUUCAUUCGACAGUGGAAAGAGCUGAACGCAAAUGUUUCUAUGAUGGUUAUACUGAGGAAGUUGAUGACACUUGUGACAAUAAAAGAAAUUCAUUGGCCGAAAGUGAUAAAGGUUGCAGCAGUUACGGGGAAAAUCUACCAUCAAUUGAUGAAUGUGAUUACACAUUAGAAGAUUCAUCUUGUCUUUCUGAAGAUGACGAAAAGAUACACAAUGCGGAUAUUCAGUCUUGCAGUGAAUCAAUAGACUUAUCUGAUGAUUCAAUAUUUUGCAAUAACACAAAUUCGAAUCUUAUCAGCGAAAGCUUGUGUUCAGAAAUUCAGUCUGCAGAAGAAGAUGAGGACAAUUUCUCCUGCAAUUACUCUGAAGAUAGUCAGCUUAUUGAGUAUGAAAACUGUUCUGAUGAUAGCGAAUGCAGUAAUUUUCAAAAUAUAUCUGAAGAAGAGCAAACUUUACUCGAUAACAUCCCUGAGGACAUUGUUGGGAAAACAAGGAAAUCAUGUUGUGUUGGCGUGGAAGCAACGAUUUGUCACUGUGCCAUAGUAGAAAAUGCCAUUAUUCGUUGUUGUUGUUACACUGAAAAUAAAGUUGUUGAAGAUUGCACCGCACCUCAAGACACAAAACCUAUUUCCUCUAGUGCAACUCGAAAGUACCAGUGCAACAACUCAGUACUAAAUGAGGAAUUUAAGCUUCAUACUCCAAGUGCGGAGACAACAUUGGAUGAAUGCCGUAUUUCGCAAGGUGAGGAAAUCCACUCUUUACCAUCUUCUAGAUCCGCAGAUGAUCCUCUUAAAAUAUCAGCUGCAAGAAUAAGUGACAUAGGGGUUGAGGUGGUAGCAAGUUCACAACAUCUUUCAAGUGAUGGGGAAGAUAUUUCUACAAAUGAGGAACAAGAAAAACCUGCAAAUUCAAAGAGUUAUCGGGUGCCUUCACUGCUAAGUAAUACUCCACAGAAAGGGGACCAAUCUAAGCGAAUAACACAACUAAGAACUCCAACCGUUCUUAAUGAAUCUGGAAAUAAGUAUGAAGACAGCAUAAAUAAGGAGAACCAUUCAUAUCUUAGAUCUAGAAAAGAAGAUGAAAGAAAAUCUUCGUUGCUAACGAACUAUGAUGCACAAAAUUCUCAGCUCGUCAAUCAAAAUAGACAUAAGGAAUCCAUUGCUGUGACUUCGCUCAAACCUCUAGAUUUGUUGAAGGAGAGGCAAGAUUAUCAAACUCAAAUCGAUGAAUAUUCCCUAGAAGUAAUGCCUGAAGAAACAAACCUUGAAAGUAAGGUUGCCUCAGAGAGCGCGAAUGAAACGCAGAUGUAUAAUGAAAGAAAAGUUAAAUCGCCGUCACCAUCGAGAGCUGAGAAUUUAAUGGAAGUGGAAUCAUGGGCUAAUGAAUCUGCUGAAAAUUCUUACAAAAUGCUACCAGGAUUAGUUAAAGAACGCGAAGAGCUAUCUGAUUUGAAAAGAGAGGAGCCACAGAGAGAAGACCCAGCCAAAUUUGAUAAAAAUUUAAAACCAUUAAAAAAAUUUAAAGCAACUAUUGCUGAAAAUAAGCCUAAGGACCCAAUUGUAUUGAAACAACCUAAAAAAUUUUCGAAACUGACUCCAAAAAAUAUCAACGGCAGUAAACAAAAAGUAAAUCAGCCAACACUGAACACCAACACUGAAGGAAAAAGAACUUCCGCCCAAAUUGGGAGAAGGGUUUCAAGCAAACAGACCAAGGAGGGAAAAACAGAAUGCAUUGUUAAAACAAAAAAUUCUGGUUCUACUAAAAGCCAUUCCAUAAUUACUCGAAAUUCCACAAAUCUCUCUGGUAAUGAAAUGACAGAUCAACCUAGAAGUGGAGCAAAUAUGGCUAAGUCUGAUAAUAAAGCAGCCAUACGAAAAGCGCAACAACUUGUCGUGGAUAAGGGAAACAUGGUAAUGAAAUCUAAGAGAAAUCAAUGUUCCUCAAACUUCAUAGAUAAAUCCAACAUUUUUAAAAAACCGCUCAUUUCCAAGGAGGGAAUCCAUAGUGUACGUCGCGAGAUAUGUGCUAUAGAAACAUGUACUCCAAGAACCAUUAACACAAUUGAUGAGUGCAGGAUUAAAGACGAAUCUAUUAUAAGGCAGCCAUGUCGAUGUCACAACUUUUGCCAUAAUCACACAUAUAUGUCGAACUUUGAUUGUGGAACUCAUAGAGUUCACCAUAGAAACUAUGAUGGUCAAUGUAAGAAUCCUUGUGCUCAAACUGACCACAAUAAUGUGCCCAGCUGCAGUACAAACAUUAAACAUGGAUGCAUAGAAGCUCAAGACGAGGGGGAAAUCCCAUAAUAACCUAGGAAAGACAGUUUGCGGGAAGCCUAUAGAGGCACGAUAGAUAUUACUAAUAUUUAUUGAAAGGACUAAAAAUCCAUUUAAAAUUAUGGGGAAAAAAUUAAAAGUGUAUUUUGGCUUUAACAUUAAUUUUAUUAACAUAAAUAACCAAAAUUUAAGUCAAAUCUUCA